AAAGAAACGGACCAAUGGCGCCGAAUGACGUAAAAUCAAUAUGGCGGCCUCCAUUAGAGAGUAGAGAAGUCACGCGAAAACGAAAUCGAAACUGAAACAAGGCGUGGUAACGAAAAAUCGAAUCAUGAGCGGUUCAGAUUUUAAAAAUUAUGCUUAUCAGCAGUGUCCGACUGAUGAGAUGGAAAACAUAGAAAAAAGAUCUGGCUAUUGUAAAAUAAUCGCUAGUUGCAUUAUUUUUAUUUUGUCCGUCUUUUACGUGAUUUGUUGCAGUAAAGCAGUCGAUGGCGAACAACUGACGAAGAAUAACUCGAGUUUUAAUCAUUCUGUCGUUGCUGAGCCUCUGAAAAAUGAUGAUAAAUCAACGAUGAUAUAUUAUUUCACAAUUUUAUCGCUGUGGAUAAACACAACUGUUGUGGCAACUAUUUUACAUAGAAUAUGUUUGUUAAUAGAAGAGUUGUGGCAUUUCAAGAGCAGAUAUGGAAAAAAUUAUUGGAAAUUCUUGUCCACCAUAUUUUCAGGAGGAUGGAAUUCUUCAUUUGUAGUUUUUGGAGUCGGAAUUCUAAUAAUUUGUCUUCUUAUGGAUCAUCAUAUAGUUUUGAGCGUUGUGGAAUCAAAUAAGAAUUUAUUGAUUGUCGUAACUGCUGUUCUUAAUAUGUUCUUAAACCACAAGGUAUGGACAGAGACGGAAUUUCAACAUAGCAAGUCUCAUAUUCCCAGUACAGGAACGUUUAUGGCUUAUGCUGCUUAUUAUAGCUACUACAAGAAUGUAUUGCCCAAAUUAAAAGAGAGGAUUAUCAACGCAGAAAAGAAGCACAAUAUCAGAAUUCCUUUUAAGAAACUAAUCAUACUCUUUCCUUUGUCUGGACGGAUUCCGGAUUCGCUCGAACACGGAACAGAGGAAAUUCAACUAAUCGAUCACCUUUCUUCAAUUAAAACUAAUAAAGAAGGAACUCUUGAUCGGAAGAUGAACAAUCCUAUUUAUAAAAUAGCUCCAAGAGAUAAAGAGCCUUAUUAUUGUGUUGUUGAAGGGCAGAAUUCUUUACCAGUUCUUAAAUCUAUGAAACAACCAAAAGAAAUUUUUAAACAGCAAGCAUAUCUUUUAUAUAAUAUGCUGAAAGAAAUAUUAGAGGAUUCGGGUGAGAGGGACACCUAUCAUUUACUUUGCUAUAACGAUGAAGACGAGGACAAUCCACAAUUGCUUAGCCGACUUUUAUGGGACGAAUUGGACAGACAAUUAAAAAAAUAAGAUAUAUAAUUGUGAAGUUCCAUAAGAAGUGUGCUGUUUCUCAUAUGCUUUCAGAUCCAACUUUGCAUUCACACACAAUCCCGGACUUAGAGGGGCUCCGCACUUAAUGCUCAAUCCUCGGUGUCUCAAAAAUACAUCACAUUUUGAAGUGUGCACUGAUACUAUUUCAGAAUAUACCAUUCAACAUUCAAAUUAAAAACAUAGAACCAAAACCAAAUGAAACUCUAUUAAAUUUUCAUUAUGUAGCAUCUAUAAUAUACGUGUGAUUAAUAUAGAUCUCGCAGGAUUAUUAUGAUCAUAAUGCUUUGAAUCAGAAUACUAUCUAAACGACUGCAUAUAAAUAGAUUGUUAUAAUUCUUAAAGAUGUAAAAACAAAAUUUAUGAAGUAAAAUUAUGUUACUUUAAUUUCGCAAGCAGAUAUACAAAUUGUUUCCAUUGCGGGUAAAGGGAAAUAUAGGCUGCUGCAAAGGUAAGUGCUAUCAUUUUGAUCGCUUCAUCCUUGCAAGAGUUGCAAGGAUUCCAGAUAUCCUUGCGGGAUGUCUAAAAUCACAGAAAUUCAUUUUCAAAGAAUAUGAUGGUUAUGUUCUCUUCGAUCUCUACGCAACUUUGUGCCCACUAGUGGCCGAGUGUUUUUCUGAUCAUCAAUACAGUCAUUUUAACUGGCACCUCAAGGUAAUGAAAUUUUUCUAACAUUUUAAAUCAAUCAUCAUCAGAUGAUAUAAGAUCGAGUUCUUGUUGGCAAACCUUUGAAUCAUUGAAGUGCCUAAGCAUUUGCCAACAAUUCAAAGGUUAUUUUGUUGCCAGGCAAUCGAGAGCUCAUGGAAUAAAGUUAAGUGGUAUGCUAAGCAGAUCCCUGUGUUUUUUUUUAACAAAUGAAA